GGCCAAGAAAGCAGGAGCCCUCGACUUGAGUAGGCUAGUGUAGUGGACUACAGCUCCCACAAGUCUUUGCCGUUGGUCGUAGGGAGAUUCACGAGUAGCCUCAAUAGCCGCUUUGGGGAAACCAGUGUAUUGGCUGAGCACAUUGGGAGAAAAGCACAAGAAAAGCUGUUAAAAGUGGACCACCGUUAAUAAGGGAACUGUCUUCUUUACACAGGUAUCGCGAUUUGCUCCCUCCUCCAGUGGACGUACGCGUACUUAUUGUUCCUUUUAUUGAAGGAGGAUUAAACAAAAACUUCCAACGAGGAAUUUCAGGAUGUUGGUCUGAGACAAAGGGGUCCGGGGCAUUGCAUUCGGAGUGGGUUGAUUUCAUAGCCUACUCUUGGUGCGUUCUGGAUGGGAAGAAAUGGAAACAGAGUCGCAAUGGUGGAAAGGACAGCUGGCUGCGGAUAUCCAUCAAGCUCUCCGCAUAAAAGAGCUGAAGUUGCCUGUCUAUCAUGCCCACUCUCCCCAAAUUGGCAUGCGCCGCUACUUUGCCGACUUGCUGGCCAUCCUGAGUAACCGCUACCAGCUGUGUGCCACAGCUCGCCAUCUGGCUGUCUACCUCCUGGACCUCUUCAUGGACCAUUAUGAUGUGGCCAUCAAGCAGCUCUACGUCAUUGCACUCUCCUGCCUCCUCCUAGCCAGCAAGUUUGAGGAGAAGGAGGACCGUGUGCCCAAGCUGGAGCAGCUCAACGCGCUGGGCAUCAUGUGCAGCCUCAACCUGGUGCUCAACAAGCGCGACCUCAUCAAGAUGGAGCUGCUGCUGCUGGAGACCUUCAGCUGGAACCUGUGCAUCCCCACGCCGGCCCACUUCAUCGACUACUACCUCCAGGCCUCCGUGCAGGAAGGCGACCUCUACAACAGCUGGCCGCUCGCCUCCAUCUCCAAGACCAAAGCGUUCAUGGACAAGUACACCCACUACUUCCUGGAGGUGUCUUUGCAAGAUCACGCCUUCCUGAGCUUCCGGCCGUCCCAGGUAGCGGCGGCCUGCGUGGCGGCCUCCAGGAUCUGUCUGCAGAUCAGCCCCAGCUGGACCACUGCCCUGCACCUGCUCACCGGCUACACCUGGGACCACCUCACCAAGUGCAUCGAGCUCAUGCUGCUUGCCCAUGACAAUGAUGUGAAAGAAGCCAACAAAACCAAAUCUCCACAUCCCUCCAGCCAGGUGUCCUUGCAGUCGGUCGCCCAGCACAUGCACCUCUCGCCUGUCUCUGCAGUGCAGCGACCCGCCUUGACCUCCAGCGGCCUCUCCUCCUCCUCUUCCUCCUCCUCCUCCCAGGCGUUGCUCUUCCAGGCGCAGGAGUUCCCCCACCUGUCGCAGCACUCGCCCUCGCUGGCCCAGCUGCACGCGCUGGCCGUGUCCGAGCCGCAGGCGCUGGGCGCCAUGGUGCCUCAGGACUUCCUGCACAGCCACCGCAUGGGCAUGCUGCCGGGCGCAGAGAUGGCGGGCGCCCUGCCCACCUACCAGAGCCUCCCCGCGGGGCUGCCAACGGGGCCGCGCGCCCUGGCCCUCCAGGGGCCCAUCUCCAUGCAGGUGGCCAUCGCGGCCGAGCCCCGCCACUGCAUGAGCAUGGCCGCCUACGCCGGGGGCUACCUGGGCGCCCACCCCACCUUCAGCGCCGGCUGCUUCAACAGGUGACGCCAGGAGCGCGAGAGGAAAGGCAAGCGGGAGCGCCCGAGCAGCGCCGCCACCACCGCGCCCCUCUCUCUCGCCACGCCGCCCCCGCCCGCCUCACGUCCACCCCCGCCCACGCUGCGCGACCGUCGCCACAAGCACAGGCCCAAGCCAAACACCAGCAGAGACCCCGUGGAGGUCAUCACUCUGACGUGACACUGAAGACUCGCAGACCUCGUUUGGUCUCUCUGGAGCUACUCUUUAAAAACCAAGGGAAGUACGCUUCCCGUCACUGUGAUCUUUUUGUAGGAAGCCAUGUAGCAUAUUCGCCCAUAUGGCUUCUCCUCUCUGUCCUCCAUCCCUGUGGAGCAUGACUGAACAUGAACAUACCAGGGACGCAUACUUGAGCUGCUUGACGUGCUUCACUAUGAAUUAAAACUAGUGUGGCCAGUUAACUCCAGCUCACAACGUAAGAAGAACCACUGACUGAAACCCACUAUACGAGUGCUAUUUGCUGAGCAACUAAAGUGUUUCAAAGUGUCUGCAGGGUUGGGAAGAAUCAAAUGUGUCCAAACACUGUUUCUGUUCACUCUCCUCAUGGCCUGUUCCUCCAGCACUCUGGAGUCACACUGCUGGUUUGAUGCCUUUGAAGAAAAGCUUUUGAAAUCCCGUUUUAUCCUCAAAAUGGACACUUUUAUUGCCUAGGGAUUUCUUUUUUUUUAUUUCCCUUUUUUUUUUAAUUAAUAUCCUUAUUAGUAUCCUUUUGGUAACCAAUGCUGCUGCCCUUUCUGGACUAAUGAACUGAACAAGUAUAGAGUUUAUAAGGAGUAUUUCCUCAGAUAUGUUUACACAGAUCUGUUUCAUCAACCAUGUGGUAUCAGGAAUCAGGGACUUAAUGGAUUACUUGAAUAUGAAACCAUUUACCUAAGGUUUAUUUAUACUUUUUAUAAGUUGUUUUAUUUGUACUCUUUAGUUUAGUUUAUUUUUUUUUUAUUUACAGUAUGAAAACACUGUUGAUGAAAAAUGUUUCCCCUCAAUAAAGCCGUAUCCCUUGAUAGAAUGUAUGAUUUGUUUGAGGAAGUGCACAAAAGGGGUCUACAAAACGUGUUCUUUCAGGGUCAACCUUUCCCAGUAUUCUUUAUGCAAAUAAGUGACCUUCUCAAGAAAUAAGGAACAUCUCCAUCUAACUGCUGUUCCCCUCAUCGUCCAAUGUGGUGUGGGAAAGAGGGCAGGACAAACGUCUUGUAAGGUUCCCACAAGUUUUCUUCUGAAGUAUUCACCAAAUAUUAAAACAUUAAAAUCUACAGUCUUUUUCUGUGAAACAGUUUCCCUGAAAGUUUUCCUUUCUUUAAUAUGAAGGGGACACAAGCUUCUUUGUCAGUUUUUUUUUUUUGUUUUUUUUUUUUUUUUUUUUUUUUGUUUGUUUUGUUGUUUUUUUUACAUAUCAAAAAAAAAAAUUGGCACUGUAAAGAAAAUGUGAUUAACUGUAAUUAACUUUUUGCUGUGUUUUCAUAUCCUUUUUCAGUUAAUCCUUUUGUUUUUGAAUUUAUCGGUUGCUUCAGGUUUUUUCACAUACACAAAGGUCUUUGUGACUUAAAGAGCAGCAUGAUUUUCCAAAUGUUUUUAUGCCUUCCUACUAAUUUGUUGAAUAAUACUGAUGAAUAGAAUCUUCAAACCACACAGAAUGUUCACGUACAUCUUCUGCUAGUAGACAGGCCAGUAAUGCAAAAAGAUUGUACAAAACUGCUGUAACAAGCCUUUUUUUCUGACAAAACAUGUACCCCCAUACCAAUGAUUGAUGACCAAACUGACCAUGAAAUAAAGUCCUAAGUUUUGUUUUGGGGAAAUGAAA